AGUGGCAAUGCAGAAAAUCACCUCGCUCAGGAUGCUACCAUGGGUUGUGAAGCAUCGCUGGAUGUUUGUAGCAAUCCUGCUCUGUGGGAUGUUCGUCAACAACAGCAGAUCUCAUUGCCCAGACAUAAAUAACACCUGCACACACAAAAAUGUGCUGUUUGUCAGUACCAAACAGAUGACUGCCAAUCUUUUUCCAUCAAAGGCUGUCUAUAAAAAUGCCAAUGGGACUAAACUCUGCUUCAAUAUCCUGAACACAACACAGCAUGCAGACUGUUGUAACACAAUGGAGUUCGACUGCCACUUUAACAUAAGUGAUGACGGAAAUAAGAAAUACAAACUGAUUCUGAAUGAAAAGUUCCUUUCCAAGCAAGAUAUUGUAGUGAUGACUUCCCCAGAUCAGAAAUACAACUGUUCUCCAUUGCAGCUCUACAACACAUCCUUAGAUUUCUUUUUCCAAGUUCACAAAUGCUUGGAUAAAGGUGUCAAGAAUUUUAGAUUGAGCCAAAACGACCCCUGUGGAAACACCUCAAGCUAUAAUGCUGAAGCUUGCACAGGUUUAGCAGAAACAGACUACUAUCUUGAAUUCUUCUCUGAUAAAAAGAUGACAUGUAAGUCAUGUAAAGCACCUGGAAAAGCACCUCCUAUUUCUCUUACUUUGCCCUCAAUUGAAAGCAAUAAUGGCACCUCCAUCAGCCCAGAAAAUGCAGCAAAGGUCAUGAGCAAUCUCUCCGCCCUGCUGAACAACAUGGGCAAUUACAGUGCAGCAUCCAUCACAAUGGGCCAAAUUAAAGGGGUGAUCUCUAAACUCCCUCUUGAAAAUCAAACCGACUUCAGCUUUGGCAUUAAAACGACUGGUGACAUGAAUAUUCUUGAGGGUAACACUGACACGGCGACGGGCUUCUCUCGAUCGGUGGUAAUCCCUACAGAGGCCAUCGCCAUGGCAGUAAAAAAGGAAGGCUCAUUUGCUGCAGUUCUACUUUUUCCAGGAAUGCAUCAGGAUGACCCCGAAAGUCAUUUUUUCAACGAUGAGGUAGUGGGGAUUGAAAUGGGAACAGAAAUAUCACAUCUCUCAGAUACCAUAGACAUUCAUUACAAGAGUGUGGAGAAGAAUGGAUCAAUUGCUUCUUGCAGGUCAUGGGAUGGAAAAGGAAAAGCAAACUGGAUCACAGAUGGCUGUGAGACAAAAGUGGUCAACGAAAGCGUCACAUGCCAGUGCUCUCACCUGACAUUUUUCGCAAUACUGUUGUCACCUGCACCUGGAAACAUAAGCACUUCAGAUUUGAAGUCUCUGACCUACAUCACGUCAGUCGGCUGCGGCCUGUCGAUGUUCUUCUUGGCAGUGGCUCUCUUCAUGUAUUGUCUUAUCAGGUAA